AUUGUCUUGCUGCCUCUUACAGAUAUGUAGAAGCUAGUUUCAGCUCUUCAGUUGCUAUGUGUCUUUGAUGUUGGUGAGAUGUUAACUCCAGCAUCCAUAGUGGAAUGAUGCUAAGUGUGGAUAGUGAGAAUAUAGACUUGGAAGGAGAAUAUGAGUCUUCAGAGAAGUGUGAGAUUGGCAAGGAUCCUGGGAGGGGAUUCUCAAUGGGAGGGAAGACCCCUGUUUCCUUGCUUCAAGAGCUUUGUGUCAAGAUGCAGCUCACACCCAAGUAUGACCUUGUCCAGAUUGAAGGCUCUGUCCAUGAACCCACAUUUCGUUAUCGAGUGGCAGUGGGGGAAUUCAUUGAAUAUGGAAGUGGACAAAGUAAGAAGAAGGCCAAGCAUGCAGCAGCAAGAGCCAUUCUUCAGGUGAUGAUAAAGUCUGGAAGAAUCAGUGAAUCAAGCAUUUCAGCUAUCCCUCUCAAUAAAGACAUAAUGAUGGCUCCAUUUGAUGAUGGAAUAGAGGGGAACCCAGUAGGAGCAUUGCAAGAGCUCUGCAUGGCUCGCAGGUGGCCCCCUCCUGUCUAUGAGAUGAUAGCUGAAGAGGGUCUUCCCCAUGAGAGGAAUUUCAAGUUGGCUGUCAUAGUAGGGAAACAUCGAGAGAUAGGUGCUGGGAAGAGCAAAAAGCUUGCCAAACGGCAAGCUGCUCACAGAAUGAUGCAGGUCCUACAUGAUGAAUUACCUCCUGAGUCAAGGAAUGGCACACUCUUGGAAGAUGAUGAUGAGUUGUCUCAUCUUGGGUUUGGGGGAGCUCGAGGGAGCAGAAAGGAUCGAGGGUCUUCGCAUCACACUCAGAGAAUCUCUCAGGCUCACAGAGACUUCCUUCCCCGCCUUUCACUUGAAACUUGUGCCACUCUUGAGAAAGGGGUUGAAAAUCCAGUUGAUAGAUUGGAAUCCCUUGGAAUUGAACACAUUUUUGACAUCACAUACAUUGACAUUGAGGAGACCACCAAGUCAGGCAAGCGGCUGUGCUUGGUGCAGUUGGCAACCCAUCCUAUUUCUGUGUGCCAUGGAAGUGGCGUGGAUAUGGAAGAAGCGAAGAAAGACGCUGCUCUUCGUGCCCUCUCCUUCCUUGCUUCCUUCCCUAAGCUCAAAUCUUGAUUAUCUUCCUCCAAUCAUGGAUCUCAGUAUUGCUCCCUCACAUCCCAGUGUAUUCUCAAAGCCUGUCAUCAGUAUAUUGCAUGUGCAUUCUUGUGCUGUUUUUCAUUAUGGAAAUAUAUCUGGAGUCAAAUUAAAAAAAAAUAAAACUUAUUUUAUAGUGGGCAGUGAGCAGAAUGAUUCUUACUUAAUGAAUAGGUGAAAAGGAAUAACAGGGCCAA